UGAUACAGUCAGCAGUGUGAUGGUACAGUCAGUAGUGUGAUGGUACAGUCAUUACUGUGAUGGUACAGUCGGUAGAGUGAUGGUACAGUCGGUAGAGUGAUGGUACAGUCAGUAGAAUGAUGGUACAGUCAGUAGAGUGAUGAUACAGUCAGUAGAGUGAUGGUACAGUCAUUAAUGUGAUGGUACAGUCAGUAGUGUGAUGGUACAGUCAUUAGUGUGAUGGUACAGUCAUUAGUGUGACGGUACAGUCAGUAGUGUGAUGGUACAGUAAGUAAAAUGAUGGUACAGUCAGUAGAGUGAUUGUCCAGUCAGCAGUGUGAUGGUGCAAUCAGUAGAGUGAUGAAACAGUCAGUAGUGUGAUGGUACGGUAGUGUGAUGGUACAGUCAGCAGUGUGAUGGUACAGUCAGCAGUGUGAUGUUACAGUCAGUAGAGUGAUGGUACAGUCAGUAGAAUGAUGGUACAGUCAGUAGAGUGAUGGUACAGUCAGUAGUGUGAUGGUACGGUCAUUAGUGUGAUGGUACAGUCAGUAGUGUGAUGGUACAUUAAGUAGAAUGAUGGUAUAGCCAGUAGAGUGAUGGAACAGUCAGUAGUGUGAUGGUACAGUCAAUAGUGUGAUGGUACAGUCAGCAGAGUGAUGGCACAGUCAGUAGAGUGAUGGAACAGUCAGUAGUGCGAUGGUACAGUCAGUAGAGUGAUGGUACAGUCAGUAGAGUGAUGGUACAGUCAGUAGAGUGAUGGAACAGUCAGUAGUGUGAUAGUACAGUCAGUAGAGUGAUGGUACAGUCAGUAGAGUGAUGGAACAGUCAGUAGUGUGAUGGUACAGUCAGUAGAGUGAUGGUACAGUCAGUAGAGUGAUAGAGUGAUGGAACAGUCAAUAGUGUGAUGGUACAGUCAUUAGUGUGAUGGUACAGUCAGUAGAGUGAUGGUACAGUCAGUAGGGUGAUGGAACAGUCAGUAGUGUGAUGGAACAGUCAGAAGAGCGAUGAUACAGUCAUUAGUGUUUUGGUACAGUCAGUAGAGUGAUGGAACAGUCAGUAGUGUGAUGGAACAGUCAUUAGUGUGAUGGUACAGUCAGUAGAGUGAUGGUACAGUCAGUAGUGUGAUGGUACAGUCAGUAGUGUGAUGGUACAGCCAUUAGUGUGAUGGUACAGUCAUUAGUGUAAUGGUACAGUCAGUAGAGUGAUGGUACUGCCAUUAGCGUGAUGGUGGAGUCAGUAAAGUGAUGUACAAUCAGUAGUGUGAUGGUGCAGCCAGUAGUAAUGGUACAGUCAGUAGUGAUGGUACAGCCAGCAGUGAUGGUACAGUCAGUAGAAUGAUGGUACAGUCAAUAGAGUGAUGGUACAGUCAGUAGUGUGAUGGUACAAUCAGUACUGUGCUGGUGCAGCCAGUAGUAAUGGUACAAUCAGUAGUGUGAUGAUACAGUGUGUGAUGUACAACCAAUAGUGAUAGUACAGUCAGUGAUGUGAGUGUAGAGUCAGUAGUUUGAUUGUACAGUCAUUAGCGUGAUUGAACAGUCAGCAGUGUGGUGUUGGAACAAUCAGUAGUGUGAUGAUGGUACAGUCAGUAGUGUGGUGAUGGUACAGUCUGUAUUGUGGUGAUAGUACAGACAAUAGUGUGGUGAUGGAACAGUCAGUAGUGUCGUGAUGGUACAAUCAGUUUUUUUUGGUGAUAGAGCAAUCAGUAGUGUGAUGGUACGAUAAGUAAUGUAGAGGUGUUACAAUCACUAGUGUGUGGGAUGGAACAAUCAGUAGUGUGAUGAUGGUACAGUCAGUAAUGUGAUGAUGGUACAGUCAGUAAUGUGAUGAUGGUACAGUCAGUAAUGUGAUGGCACAAUCAGUAAUGUGGUGAUGGUACAGUAAGUAGUGUGAUGAUUGUACUGUCAGUAAUGUAGUUUUUGGUACAGUAGUGUGGUUAUGGUACAAUCGGUAAGAUAGUGAUUGUACAACCAGUAGUUUGAUGUUAAUAGUCACUAGUAUAAUGAUGGUACAGUCAGCAGUGUAUUAAUGGUACGGUCAGUAGCGUGAUGAUGGUACAGUCAACAGUGUAGUAAUGGUACAGCCCAGUAGUGUGAUGAUCGUACCAUCAGUCAUUUGUGUGGUGAUGGUACAAUCAGUAGUAAUGGUAGUCAGCAGUGUGAUGGUAUAGCCAGUAGUAACGAUACACUCGGUAGUAAUGUGGCAGUUUGUAGUGUGGUGAUGGUACAGUUAGUAGUGUGAUGGUACAGUCAGUAGUGAUGUCACAAUCAGUACUGUGUAGAUAGCGUGCUCCUUAGGUCGUAAGAUGUGGUGAGGUAUGUGUCGGUCCAGUUGUAGCGUGGGCGGUCCAGACCAUUAUUUAAUGUUCCUGUGAGUAUAGUGGAGAUGAUCCUCUCAGUUGUGAGUAGGAUGAUCCGAUCAAUAGAGUGGUGAGUGGUGAUUCAGUUUAGCCAAGUAUGAACGAUCCACUCAGUUAAUUCACUCAAUAACUGUGGUGAGGGUGAGUGUGGGUUAGCGCAGAUGAGCUGUGGCUUGGCACCUGUUAUCUGUUGCAGCCGUCACAUCGUCAGGAUUUUGGGGUGAGAAUGAAGACUUGGCUGGGUUUAUGAACCUCGGUGGGUUAUUAACCCAGGUUAACCCGAGAAAGUUAAGCAUUGAGGCUUAUUUCCAUUGAGGCUCUUGCGUGCUCUUCCCUAGGCUGCGACCCACGGCAGUCGGCUAACAUCUACUAGGCAUCUGUUUACGGCUAGGUGAACACGGGCAGCAGGUGUAAGGAGACUUGCCCAUACGUCUAGACUUGCCCACUAAUGUUGACAGCAGCGAAGGUCAUCAGCUAACACUGACUCCACCUAGAUACGCCCCGAGAGCUGACGUCCGCCGCAGCUGUACGCCGCAGCUACGCUAAACACCUGCGGGAUUCAGGUGUAGCAGCGUGUUGAGCAGCGAUAUUGUGGUGUCCGCUGGUGUGAUACCUUGAGCGCCAUUUGACUCACUAGUGACAGGGAGCUGUCGCCGGGAGGCUGCGGAGUCGCGCAUGUCACGAGGUGAUCACCGCGCGCCCCGCCCACCUCUCCUGCUCCUCCUUCUCCUAGCGUCUCCCUCCUAAGAAGGCGGAGUCUACUAGCUUCUUCCCGGAUUCUUGGAGCCCGGGAGACGUUUGACAUCACAUAAAAGCAUGGCUUAUAGCAUAAAAAUACCGUGAGGUAUUAUAUAGCAAGCAACAUACGCUAUAUUAAUAAUACCGUAGUUGGGGUUGGUAUGAUAUGUAUAGAGGAGCUCCGCCCCUGUGGUAGGCUCCGCCCCGCGGCAAGCGGUGCUCCGCCCCGCAGCAGCGUGAGUGCGGCGCGGCGGUGGCUGUAAGCUGGCCCGGGGGCGCUCAGAGCAGUGGGGACCCUGGCUGCGUGUGGUGGUCCUCUCCUCAUCAGCGUCUCCAGCGCAAGUGUAGCGCCGCGGAUGAUACCUGCGACACCCUACUCGCUGCGAGACCUGCCGGACAUGUGCUCGACAGUGCCGACCCGUGUUGUGCAUGCGGUGACGGGAGAAAGUGCUAGUACACGGUGACGUUUGUGUGUGUCAGACUAGUGAGGCGGAGCCAGAACGGCUCUCCAAGUGUACUUUGCAGACCCUCGCGGCGAGACUUGUAAAAGUGGUGAGGGCUAGUGUACCGUUGGGAGGCCGAGGCCGAACACCCCAGGAAUUGUGUAGCGAGGAUGAGGCGGACGACCCCGUCAAUGCCUCCGGCUUGAGUGUGGCAUCUUAAGGAGGAUGCCAAGCUCUGAAGGAGAGGUGACGACGGCGGCUAACGAAGCGGAAGACCAGCUGGAGACGGGCACUAAACUAGAGUCUGAGAGGAUGGCGCAGGUGGUGCCGGAGGUGGUCAUCGGCAGGUCACCAGCUAGGAUCAACCCCAAGCGCAAACCUGACAAGUCUAAAAUAUUCAGAAUAAGAACAAGCGAAGCUGACGAGACGCACAUCUGUCCAUACUGCCGGGCGGAGCUCUUGUCUCGGGAGCAGUUGGAGGAGCAUCGGGUAACUUGUGGUCGGGAGCCGGCGGUUCUGGCGGUGCCCGACACUCCGCGACCCCACCAUCCCGACUCCGACCACCCGGACGAGCUCCGCCGACACCAGGACGUCGCUAACAACAACCAGGCGCACAUCCUGAAGGCCAGGACAGCUCACGAAGCCACGCCAGAAUCCCGCGAGUCCUCUGUUGACCGCAACAAUGGCUACGACAGCGAUAGCAAUCCCGCGGAGUGCGGUCCAUUGGCGCAGAUUAGACAUCUCUUGGCACAGUCGGCCGCACCUCCGCAGGUAGGACCUAUUGCGCAGCAGUUAGCUCAGUCCAACCUGGCGUUGGAAGCUAUACAAAACACUAGGAUGGCGCUUGCUCAGUUUGCAAGCUCUGCCCUGAACUCCUCGAGUCCCAGCAACCCUCAGACUAUGCAAGAGUUCGCUUUGCUCCAGGGAACUCUUUACACAUUGCAACACCAACAAAUGAUGCAGCUUCAACUUAUCCAACAACUUCAGGCACAACUCUCAAUUAAGAAUAAAGAGGGGAGCCCUGGAUUACCCAAUUUUUCAGAUAGUGAAUCAAAGGGUGCUAGUGAGACCCAAGAACGCCAGGAGCCUCCAUCCCCGCCCACACCCACAUCCAGAUCCUCAGUACCACCAACAAGUGAAGGUAGCCAGAACGUCAGCAGCUCCUUUAUUAGCACACUUAUGGAAAGGUUCAAGGUUCCACCAACUAGCGAAAACAAUAGUGAACGUCCGCCAGGAAGCUCGCCCCUAUGUACUGCAAGCACCAGUGGUCCACCUUUAGAUCCAAGGGACAGACCUAUUUCCCCACCUAUGACAGCGUCUAGCAUCGCCUCCUCCGUUAUUCAACAUACUGAUCCGCCGCCUCCUGACGAGCCUAACACUCUUGAGAUGCUGCAGCGUACAGCCAAUAGUGUCCUCAACAGUGCCUCCCAAGGGCUACUAACCAAUCGUCUCAUUGAUGACCACAAGCCAAGCGAUGGUAAAGAUCCUUACUACAAGCAUCGAUGCAGGUACUGUGGCAAGGUCUUUGGCAGUGAUUCAGCUCUCCAAAUCCAUAUCAGAUCCCACACUGGAGAACGCCCUUUCAAGUGUAACAUCUGCGGUAACAGGUUUACAACGAAGGGGAACCUUAAAGUGCAUUUCCAGCGACACGCGAGUCGGUUCCCUCAUGUCAAAAUGAAUCCACAUCCAGUUCCCGAGCAUCUGGACAAAUUCCAUCCACCACUAUUAGCCCAACUGGGAGAACUAAAGGACUAUCCUUCACCUCCGACUGGACCUCCAAAUCCUUUCACCUCCUUACCAGGAGGUCCCUCUCUACCUCCAUACCGGUUACCAGGUCCUCCUUCCCUAGACCUACACAGACCUUUUAAUCUUCUCAACCUAGCUAGACAAAGUAGAGAAGAUGAGCCAGAGAACCUGAGCAUCUCAGAACCUCGGUCGUCGCCGGCGCCAGUCCAGCGAGAUUUCAGUUCAGAGAAAAUGGAAUCUGCCACAAUGGACUUGGCUGAGUCCUUGCGACUUCCAAAGUUUGAAGAGAAAAUAGAGAAGGAUGAUACCGCAGAACUAAAUGAUAUAGACGAAAUAUCAGAGGAAAGGGAGGCCGCUGAAGCGAGGUUCAGCAGUGAAAAACGGUUCGAUGACCAUCAGGGAUUCGAUGGUGAGAAAUCAUUUGAAACUGAGAAAAGAUUCGAUAGCGAUACAACUUUUGACAACGAAAAGCGAUUCGAAGAUGAAAAGAGAUUUGAGAGUGAAAAACGUUUUGAGAGUGAAAAAGUUUUUGACAGUGAAAAAGGUUUUGACACUGAAAGUAGAUAUAAUGACGAGAAAAUAUUUGAUGAAGAUAAAAAAUUUAACGAAGAGAAUAGGUUCGAUGACGAUAACACAUUUGAAAGUGAAAAUAAAUACGAUAGCGAAAAUAAGUAUGAGAAGGAGAACAGACUUGAGAAUGAGCGGGAGCCAUCUAAAGAGAGGUUCAUCGACUCCCAGGAGAUGAGGAACUUGAUGGACAGAAGAAGCAGUGAGCGUGAAUUGAACCCCGACCAAGCGCCAUUAGACAUCCGAGUUCGUACAGAAAGAGAACUCAAGGACACCAGCGAGGGAAACAGCAUUACCAAAGACGAGCCAGAUAUGGACAGUAGUGAUUCACGAUCCCUUACUUCGGACCAGCCAACGGACCUCAGGAUGCGACCAGAAUUUCGUCCUAUUGGGAUGCCAACUAUUCCUUUCUCAGGUCCAAGGCUUCCUCUUAACUUUCCCUUUCUUCCUGGAAUUCCUACCUCAUUCCCUGGACCAAUGGGCCCUCCUCCAGCCAUUAAUAUUCCCCCGGGCAUAGACCCUGCCAAAGAUCCUCAUAUUUACACUAACCUCUUACCGAAGCCCGGCAGUACAGACAACUCAUGGGAAGCCCUCAUUGAGGUCCAGAAAACCAGUGAAACCAUGAAAUUAGAACAGCUAGUGAAUAAUAUUGAAAAUAAACUAACAGACCCAAAUCAGUGUGUCAUUUGCCACCGAGUUCUCUCCUGCAAGUCUGCCUUGCAGAUGCACUACCGAACACACACCGGAGAAAGACCGUUCAAAUGUAAAAUAUGUGGUCGAGCCUUUACUACUAAGGGUAAUCUUAAGACACACAUGGGCGUUCAUCGUGCCAAACCACCCAUGAGAAUGUUACAUCAGUGUCCUGUGUGUCACAAGAAAUACACGAACGCUUUAGUCCUGCAGCAACAUAUCAGACAGCACACGGGAGAGCCUACAGACCUCAGUCCCGAGCAGAUCGCUGCAGCCGAAGUCCGAGAUUAUCCACACCUCCACAAUCCUGGGUCACUGCCGCAGCUGAUGCCCUCAGGCUUCCCGCUACCCCCUCCUCCCCUUCAAGGGUUUCCUCCGCUCCCUCUGCACCUGAGAUACCAGCUCUCCCCUGAAGCACUCAGGCACCGGGAGAUGGUAGAAAAUGAAGAGCGUAAUACAGAAGAGGAGAAAUACCUUCGUCCCUUCAGUACUUCUUCGAGGUCCUCGUCAACAGGUAGUGCUGAACAGCGAACAGCAGAAGACCUGACUGUACGAUCACGAGAAGACAGCUUCAACGGCAUGACAUCUCCCAGAGCCUCUGUGUCCCCCACGCCCUCUGACUACUCAGACCUGGGAGAGAGAUCUCACGACGCCACCGCUGGCGACAGUCAGAUUUCACCCACAGAUCAGAUUUGCGGCUCCGUCAGCCCGGCGGUCAGUACAGGAAGUCAAGAGGGAGGAGCGUCCCUGCCGCUAGACUUGGCGGCACGCCCCCAGCCACACCUGUACUCACCUUUUGGGCUCUUCCCGCCUCCGUUGACGACGGCGGUCAUGACGCCAGGAACACAUAGCAUGCCAGGCCUCAACCCGCUCUACCUGCCCAGCAUGCCAGGUCGCGGAAAAACUUUUCACAUCUGCUUCAAGACGUUUGCUUGUCAGCAGGUUGGAAAAAACCCCAUUCGCUUCUAUAAGGAACGACCCUUCAAGUGCAAUAUCUGUGACCGCGGUUUCUCCACUAAGGGGAACAUGAAGCAGCACAUGCUGACCCACAAGAUCCGGGACGGGUGCCGUGACUCUCUUCAGGACUCCUGUAAACCCAAUGGCACUGGUGCCACUUCUACAGACCUGUCUUCAACCUCCCCCUCACUCUCCUCUCCUCUACCGCCAACACUCACCUCUCCUCUACCGCCAACACUCACCUCUCCUCUCCCCUCGGCGUUGGCCUCUCCCCUCCCCGCCACAGUUGCCUCCCCACUACCCCCCUCCCUACCUCCGGCCGCAGUGGCCGCCGCACUCCUCCACCAGGCCAGGGAAGAGGAGAAGGCGGUCGACUCAAGACUGAAGAGAGAACGCGAGGGAGAGAACACUUUACCAGUGCCUAAGCGAGCCUCAGGUGCUGGUGGUGAGGGCGAGGUACUAGAGGGCGGGUCCCCGGCAGAACUCCAGCAGCAAUUGACUCCUGACGCCGUGCCCUGCCCCUCCCCCGCUCCUGAGGUCAUGCCACUACCACGGACGUGAUCCAUGCCACUCUUGUAUGGCAGAGGUGGGCCGGGCGCAGUAGUUCGUCUGCCGCCGACGUGGCCCCCUUGGCUCUACAAGUGACCCUCAUACCCCCGACGCCCCCUCUCAAGAAAUCCCUCCCACCUCCAACGCUCCCCGCGUGCACCUCGUUUCCUAAUGCCCUCUCACUCAUUUCCGCAGGCACCUCGAGUCUUGUUCAACAUACCUCUUCUCCCUCCCUCUCCCAGAGCUACCCAUCCUUCUUAGAUCUCCUCCUCCCUCAUCCCAAGGCUAACCCAGCAUACUUCACGAGUCUAGCCAGAGUGCUGCAUAUGGAGGACCAUCUGCAGAUUCCUGGGGUGUUACCUGUCAUACUCUUGGAGAUCCACCUGAAACACAUCUUGCGUGGAGCCAGCCAAGCCACCUGCCACCUGCUAUGCCCCUCAGUUUAACGUACGUCUGAAGUCCAAACUGGCAAACUCCUGGAAUGCCAUUUAUAGUACUCUUACAGUGCCACUUUCAGUACUGGAGUGCUACUUUCAGUACUCGAGUGCCACUUUCAGUACUCAAGUGACAUUUUCAGUACUCCUGAAGCACUACCAUCUGGAGUAGUAGCUACCACUUCCAACGCUUCAUCCACUACAGACCUACAGCAGCUCAUCUUAUAACUGAGUGAUCUAGUGAAGACGUAACACGGUAGUGCAUCUCCUGCGUAACCCACAUACUAUGAGACAGACUGACAUAGUUAUAGUCCUGUGAAUGUGGUGCCGCACAAUGGGCUGCUCAAGCCCUCAUAAAUUAUAAUAACUGAAUUGUUGGCAUUGAUGGCUUGGAGCAAUUUGGCUACGACCAAAGGUAAACCAGUGACUAUGGUAUUGUGAUUAUUGUGUAAUACCUACGUGUAAUAGAUCAGAAACUGCCAAGAUCUUCCUGUACAGAGUAUAAAAAUAGGAGAGACACUGAACAUGUUGUCAGCAAGAAGCUGUGAGAUUUCUUGGGCUGGGACUCCGGUCGGUGUCUCCCGCAUGGACCCUCUUGUCGCCAGAGAGCUGCGGGUAAUCCUCAUCAGGCGACCUGUUGACUUGUACACAAGUUAGUUUUGUUGAUAACUGUGAAUGGUGUCGUACAUAGGAAAGAUAUUCUUGUAUGAUGUAUAAAGAUCUCAUUUCCAUGCUGUUAUAGACUCAUUAUUUAAAUGUUCAUGUUAAUUUAUCAUUAUAAUUAUGUAUCAAAUGAUUUUUUUAAUGUCCAUUGAGUGCAAAAAAUUGGAUUUGAAAGUCAGUACCCAGCACAUCAGCCCAGCAAAUGCUUGUGACAUUUUGUACCAAUCCCUUGUACAUCCACUGUAGUUCCUCGCCAGUCUAGUCUUACAGUCUUACUUAGUUAAUCCCUGGCUUGUUCCGAUGCACCACUCCCAGUUCCCCAUUGGUGGGUAACCACCUCACGAUGACUCUUACCUCAACACUUCUAACCUUUCAUGAACCCGACAGAAUAGAUGAAUAAAAGUCUCGGAUGAACCAAGUUAGACUGUGCUGGGUAGCAAAUGUCACAAAUGUUUGAGCAAUGCCUGUGGCACCAAAGUAGUGAAGGGUGACCGUAGUGAUGCUGAACUCCUCCUCACCCUGGACACUGUACCUCUGCUGGUGCCACAAGUAGCCAAGCUAUUAAUUAAGGGCCUUCCGUUGAGUAAUGUUUUAAGGCCGCUUGGUAAGUUGUUUUUUCCUAUUGUGAUGUAAUGCAAUAUAUUGGGAAUGGGCAUUUAGACAAAACAUGAUAUUCUCUGUGAUAAUAUAGUCGAGUUGCUUACACUGGGUUAGAUUUCCGUUGUAGUAUGAAGUGGUUGGAAAUGUAGAAUUGGUUUCUUGAUAUGAACUAAGGAAAAGCAGAGGACAGGCUUGUAUCGCCAUCAGGGCCUGCCAAGCAGUCAGUCAGUCAUGCACGCCUCCCUGAAGCUAGUCGGUAAAACUGCGGAAAUGUAAUUAUUGGAAGAUGAAGCUCACAUUAUGAUAGUUGACACAUGAACCGGUGUCCCCAGAUCCCUGCCAACCCCCCCUCCCCCCAUCCUUCUGCUGUAAAGUGCUGUUGGCCAGUGAGUAGGGAGGACUGGUCGCUGCUGUAUUGCACAGUAGAGAUGUACUACUGCUGUAAAUUGUGCAGCCGGAUCAAACACUACAGUGCAUUACAAAUAUGCUGUGGCUCAGCAAGCUGCAGAGAGAUACUGCUACUAGCUUUCCCAUUGGUCAUGAAUGUUUAAGCGCAAUUAUAAUAUGCUGGAAUGUUUCUUCCUCUCUGGAACCCUCCUUUUUUUGGUUAUGUGUGUGUUUUGGAGAUAUUCCAAUAUCGUGUAUCACAACAUAACUUAUGGAUUCAGGUUUGCCUCACGACAUAUCUUGGCGAGGGGCGUCAGAAGCUUGAUAUGUAUAUUCUGCUGGAGUCGUUGCUCUCGACACCCUUGCCUUCACCUUACCAGUGAACGAGGACCUGGUCAUAGCUCGCCUCUUAAGGACCCAAGGACGCAUUCAUUACCACCAUAACACAAGAUCGGGGUAGAGGAUUCGAGUCCCUGCAGGACUCGUGUGGGCUCGAGUUCUUAGACCGGCUUUCCUUCCUCAGUCAAGGGCUUGAGUCCCUCUAAGACCACUGUGAACUCAAGAGUUUCUAGACUUGGCUUCAUAUCCAGGUCAAGGGCUCGAGUCUCUGUAGUAUUUCCUUGGACUCAGAGUUCCUAGACAGGGCUUCCUUCUCCGAUCGAGGGCUAGAGAUCCUGUAGGACUCGUCUGGACUUAAGGACAUGCAUUACAUUCUACACACACUCAAUUCAGUUGCUACUGGUCGUAUCAACAGCCUGCAGAUGCAUGAGUGAUGGUAUCACCACAAAAUGGCAAACACUGAUAACAUCACAAAAUAUUACUUCAUAGUUUCCACUAGAGCUGUCAUCAGUGCUAACACCAGGUGUAGAACACCUCAACAGCACCAACACCAGGCAUAGAACACCUCAACAGCACCAACACCAGGUGUAGAACACCUCAACAGCACCAACACCAAUAAAACAUCACAACAGCACUAACAACACAUCAAAACACCUCGUCAGUUCUAACAUCAACAGAACAUAACUACACCUCACCAGCAUCAAUAACACCAGCAGAAUAUCCCAACAAUACAGUAGAACACCUCACCAGCGCCAACAACACUAGCAGAACACCUCAACUUACCUCAGCAGCUCCUCUUCCUGCGAGCUGCAGCACCAGUUGAGUCUUCUCGCUGCUCACCCUCGCAACCCAAGUAAACAUUGAAAUCCAGUUUUUGUACGAUUUUAAUGGAUUUUUAGACACUUAGUUUUCUCGCUUUUCUAUGAAGUAAAAAUGUAUGUAGUGUCUCUGUAAAAAUGAUGUUUAGAUAAAGGCAAAUAUAUUAUUUGAUGAGUUGUAGAUGAAAUUUGACACUUUCACAUAUGGAGAAGCAAAGUUUUGUAUAGCUUUAUAGUACGACCAUGCAUGUACCCUAAAUAUUUAUCAUAUCAGAUCUUUACUUAUGUGUGUAUGAGUGGAAUAGAUGCUGUCAGAGGGUUCAAGGGGAUCAGGUUAAGGCUAGAUUUAAGGAUCAGCUGUAAUUAUAGACGGCUUACAAAUUGUCCUACCAUUUUUGUGUUGACCUCGCGGAAACUCAUCCCGCGGCUGAGCCAUGACACAAGACUCAUCAAGACCGCCACUUGGUCCUUGUUAUAUUGUAUCUAUCUUCCAGGGCGCGGCUCAGUGACGCCCCCUGGGUGUAUGUCUGUGAUACGGCCGAGCUGACCGCGCCAAGGUGAAGUCAUUCCAGUGCCAUGCUCAGCAAACCUGGCCUCAAGAUAAAUUGUUUAAGUUUACCCUGCACCAGUUCAGAGAAAAUGGGCACUACUCUCACAUUUCGGCUAGGAAAUUUCUUAAUAGAGUGCGAUUUGAUGCUUUCUAUAUUGAUUGAGUUGUGAUGUGUCGGUCAUCUAGCCUGGAUAUACUCCCACACCUUCCCUGUGUUACUAGUACUGGACCUGUAGGAUAAUAAUGUUAUUUUGAUAUUUGUGUGCGCACCUGAUUCGCUAACUGCGUGUCUCCGCCCAGGAACCCAGGAGAAGCUAUUUUUGUACUAUUCUAUGAUAGCAGUUCCCGAGCGCAGACCUGCCAACCAACUCUCCUACAAACGUGACGGAGUGUGCGACGGCCCUAGUUGUAAAGCCAGUUUGUCAGCAGCAUCCUUCUUAAUUAAAACAGUACCAUUGUAACCUGUCUUUCAAUAUUUACCUUUUAGCCUGGUCCCUCCCCCCUGCUCUCAAGCACAGUUGAGCCCCUCUUCUGCCUUGCUAGUAAAGUGAUCACUACCAGCACAAGAGUGUCACCUCGCAGUAUAUUAACAAAACUGUUUCUAUCGCUUUUCAGUUUUAAAAGACCGAUGUUUACAUUAGU